CAGGCUUAACCCAAUCUGUCAAUGGGUCACGAACUAGCAAAUAGCAACUCCCAUUUGUCUGGCAGCACGUGAAGGCAGCAGGAGUCACGCGUCGUUUGCCUCAGAGUGCAAAUAUGGCGAAUGAUGGAGAGUCGCUGGAGUCCUGGCUUAACAAAGCCACCAACCCUUCCAACAGACAGGAAGACUGGGAGUAUGUAAUGGGAUUCUGUGACCAAAUCAAUAAGGAGCUAGAAGGCCCACAAAUAUCCGUUAGACUGCUGGCUCACAAAAUUCAGUCCCCUCAAGAAUGGGAGGCGCUGCAAGCAUUAACGGUUCUCGAGGCUUGUAUGAAAAACUGUGGCCGAAGGUUUCACAAUGAAGUUGGGAAAUUCAGGUUUUUAAAUGAAUUAAUUAAGGUGGUUUCACCCAAAUAUCUAGGAGACAAAGUAUCAGAGAAAGUAAAGACAAAAGUGAUCCAGAUGCUGUACAGUUGGACUAUGUCUCUACCAGAUGGAGCAAAGAUCUGUGAAGCAUAUCAGAUGCUGAAGGCACAGGGUAUUGUUUUAGUUGACCCAGAAAUCCCUCUUGAUGCUACAUUAAUACCAUCGCCUUCUCCGCGACCCAAGAAUCCUGUGUUUGAUGAUGAGAAGAAGAGCAAGAGAUUAUCAGAGCUGCUGAAGAGCAAAAAGCCUGAAGAUCUGCAAGAGGCCAAUCGGCUCAUCAAGAACAUGGUCAAGGAGGACGAGGUAAGAACACAGAAAGUGACAAAGCAAAAAAGCACACUGGAGGCAGUCAACAACAGCGUCAAACUCCUUAACGAGAUGCUUGCUCACUUCAGCCCAGAAGACUCCACGGACGGAGACAAGGAGCUCAUUAGGGAGUUGUAUGGUGAUUGUGACAAGCUCAGGCAAACUGUGUUUCAGCUCGCUACUGAGACUGAGGAUAAUGACAGCAGCUUGGGAGACAUCCUGCAGGCCAGUGAUGACCUCUCCCAUGUCAUUAAUUCCUAUAAGAAGAUUGUGGAAGGGCAGACCAUCAAUGGAGAGACUGUAGAAGCACAACAAACACAAGCAUCAGUCAGACAAGGCACUAGUCGCACAAACCAGUCAGAGAUUCUGAUUGACCUGGUGGGUCUGGACAUCCAGAGCAUCUCUCUUCAGGAGCAGCACCCCCCAACAUCCUCUCGGUCUAUUCCUGCUGACCUGCUGUGUGGGUCUGCCACUGACCCUCAGUCCCCCAGCCCCAGCACACCGUCUGCAGCACACUCUCUGCUGGAUGAAGAGCUACUGUCUUUAGGCCUCAACGAACCUGUUCCUGUUCCAAGUAAAUCAACACAUGUAAACCUGAGCAAUCAUUUGCCGUCUUUACAGAAUUCCAGUCAAGAUUUUGACCUUUUUGACACCACUUCGCUUUCGGUUCCUGCGUUCUCUACAUCUUCACUUUUUCCAGAUGCCCUUUCUGAGACAGUAGCCCCAGUUAGCCUAAUCAAGUCUUCUACAACUGCCUCUGCCUUAAGCUUCCCUGGCCCUGUCUUCUCCAUGCCUGCGUUUUCAACAAAAUCUGUCUCAACAACAUCAGUCAUAUUCCCACAGCCCCUCGGUUCAGUAUUGACCACAACGGCCCCGACUGCUCUUCCUCAAUCAUUCAGCUUGGCAUCGCCUGCUCCUUCAGCCAACCCUGUCAUUCCACAACAGGUCUCCACUUCACCUUCUCUCAGUCAUAAUCUGCAAGACCUUGCCUUGCUGGAUCUGGGCAGUCCUAAAAAACACUUGAAUUAUCCAUACAGUACACCUGGUGUGAUGGACUUUGGCAGCUUGCUGGUCAAGAGCGAGGAUCUGCACGCUCCUGCUACCAUGUCUUCCAGUCUUGGUGUCACCUCCACCAUAUCCACCUCACUGCUCCUAGAAGGGAUGCAAGGAGGGUCCACUCCCCCACCUGCCAAUAGUCAGGCAGAUGACAGCCCUCUGUUACGCUCUCUGUCCCCCAUCCUCCCUCUGAGCCAGGCCAGUCCAGGCAGGGAACAAGAGCUGUCCCUGGCCAAUGUCUUUGUCCCUUUGGAUGCAAUCACGCCAAGUAAAGUGUGUCCUGUGACAGCAUAUGACAAAAACGGGGUCCGUGUUCUGCUGCAUUUUGCCACUGACUGUCCAGCAGGCAGACCUGAUGUACUGGUGAUGGUGGCGUCCAUGCUCAACACAGCCCCAUUGCCUGUCAGGAACAUUGUUCUGCAGGCUGCUGUGCCCAAGAUGAUGAAAGUGAGACUGCAACCACCCUCAGGGACAGAGCUGGCUCCUUUUAACCCAAUCCUUCCCCCUGCUACUGUCACUCAGGUCAUGCUGCUUGCAAAUCCUCUCAAGGAAAAGGUUCGGAUGAGAUACAAACUGACAUUCACGCUGGGAGAGCAGCCACACACAGAAGUGGGGGAGGUGAAUGAGUUUCCGCCUGCUGACAGAUGGGGGGCUCUUUAGCCCUGCCUACCCCUUCAAGCUGGCCAGACAAGCCAAGACUUCUUUAACAAUUGAGUUUGUCAAUGCAGCUCAAAGGUCAAGAGAAAGGGGCAGUAUUGGAAGGAUUUUAGGGAAAAUUUAAAGUAUAUGAAAUAAACUUUAAUGGACCUUGAAGGAGUUUUUCUGCUUGAGAUGGCCCACUGAAGUAGCCAAAGUCCUGUAGCGUACAUCCAACUUAAACUUUACUACAGUGCCAUAGGUAGUCAGUGUGGUGCAGUAACAAUUGGUGUGAAGUGGUUGACUAUGGAUGACGGUUAUGUGGGAAAAUCAUUGGUAAUGUUAAAUAUUGCUAAGUUAUUAUUAGGUUUUUACUAUUAUUAUACCCUUUUGCUGUUCAUAUUUACUCUUGUCCCUCAAUCAUGUCAGAACUGAUUAGAGAAUACUUGCACUUUUGAAUGCCAGACAGUCUUAAUAUAGAGCAAAAACACAAGUUGAAGGAGAUUGUGAAGCCUGGGUCAUGAACAUGUGACCAGCAUUGCACAUGGGUUGUAGCUGACGAUGCAUGAUAACAAUGUUUUUACGCUGAAGACAUUGGAGUGGAGCAGAGCCCCUCUGUUGCUAAAUAAAAGGCACUCACAGAUUGGCUCAUUAAGAAUCAGUUACUCUUCCAAUAUGCCUCACAAUUACUACUGAAUACUUUAACUUGUCUUCUGAGUUCUAUGCUAACUCAUAGCUCAGACUCUUGUUAUGCUUUUUAAUCUUUAAGUAUUUAUUGUCAUAAUUGUAUUAUUUAUUUUGGCUUGGGAGGAAGGUAUCAGAUCUGUAAAUUUCCUGUAUGAUAUUGCAGUCGACAGCUGUAUUUCUUCUGCAUACUCUGUUAUGAUGGACACCUUCAGUAUUGCAGUAAGAAAGACACAAAUCAGUAGUAGUCUGUCUAAGAGGCUUUAAUGUUACCAAAUAUUCAGACAGACAUUUUAUAUGUUACAUUAUGUAGCAACAGGGUGGAUUCUGAUGAAUUACAUGUCCAGGCUGUGCACUCUGGAUAGCAUUUUAAUAUAAAAAUGUAAUUCCUGCAAGAUCAAACAGCAAAGUUAAUGCUAUGCAUUGCUUUGCCCUUGCUCCUGCAGUGAGACCAAGUGGAAACCAAGCUAAAGGGGUAAGUUAUUUUCCCUCAAGGUCAACUGUAAAUGUUUUGCUAACUAGGAAAAUGUUUCUUUGUGUAAGCCUUGAGAAAACUUCAAUAAUAAAAACGUAAUGGUUAGUUGGUUGGUGUUUAAUUCAAAGCAUUAGGCUUACCAUGUGUUCAUCAAAAACUGGAACUUCUUUAUUUUUGUCUUUCUGGGGCUAUUAGUGCUAUAUAGGAGAUUCACUACAUAUUUCUUACAACAUUUAUUUAUCUUAGAUUGUUAAAUGAACUUGUCAUUGCAUAUUUUUGAAAAGCUAUUUCUGUGCAUGAAAUAAUAAAGAAUGAGAUGGAUCUAUUUGUAUUCAAA